UUCAUGUAACCAUAGUAGUGAUUUUUUUAACAUUAGUGGUUUUUUGAACGGUUGUUUUAAAACGUUUUUGCUUGGAUAAAUGUAUUGUUGAAUCAAUUAUGUAAAAUAUUGUACAUUGUUUUCUUUUCUGUAAGUUGUUAUAGAGACAUACACACCAAAAAUGACAGAGUUUUGGAAAUCUACUGGCAAGAAAUUUUGUGACUUUUGUAAAUGUUGGAUUGCAGAUAACAAACCUAGUAUUCAAUUUCAUGAAAAUGGUAAACGGCACCAAAGCAGCGUGGCCAAACGGUUGGUGGACAUUAAAAAAAAUAGUGCUAUCGAACGGAAAGAAGAACAAAAAAUUGAAAUGGAUAUGAAACGAAUGGAACAGAACGCAAUGAAAGCGUACUACAACGACAUACAGAACAAUCCUGAUUAUUCGUCACAAGUACUGAUCAAAGAGAAGGGCUUGUGUAUACGUCCUACGCCUUAUAUAAUGACUCCGCAGCCGGCAGGGCCACACGUAAACAUCAGCUAUUCGAAAAACAACAUGCCCGUGUCCAUCAAACCGGUGCCGGCUCCCAAACCCGAAUUCGUCUGGCACCAGUCCAGGACUGACGAUGGUUCCGAUCUGAUGUACUACUGGAACACCGAGACAGGAGAGUCUGUUUGGGAACCACCGGCCGAGGGUUUCUUGAGUGUGGCUGAACAAGAAGCGGAAGAAUGCGGCAAGGGAACGAAUGGAAAAGGAAAGGAUAGCAAGAACAAGGAGAAGGGGGCGUUUAAAAAGAAAGCACCGGCCACCGGGUCGAAAGCCAAACGGAAAAAGACUGCAGACAAGAAAGCCGGCGACGACUGCGAUGACGACGAUGAUGAUGGCGACGAAGACGCUGCGGCAGAUCCUCAGCCUCCGGUGCGCGGUGAAUUCGAACCGUUCAUGGCGGAAACGACUCGCAUAGGAUCAUGGAGAACGGUAGAAAAGAUUCAGCCGCAGCCAGUGAUCGAUCUCCAGUUACCAGUACAGGAAUUCGUGGCGAUUAAGAUGCCGAGUACCAAAGAAAAAGAACACACUUUCAAAGAAAAAGUAGUUGGAAGUGUGAGCGCUUUGACUAAAAAUGAAUCGACCGAAUCUAUUUCAUUCAAGAAGUCCAAGUUCAAAAAAUCGAAUUGUAGAAAACGUUUGGACGAUGACUGAAGGAUGGCUCGAUUAACAUUUUAAAAUCGACCAACUCAUCGUAAAGGUUUCCUGAUUUUCUCGGUGGACUUGCAUUUAUUAUUUACAAUAUUAGUGUUUAAGACCAUUACAUUUUUUUCAAUUGUAUAAUCUGAGUAUUAUAUUUUUUCCUGCAGAUCAUGAUAUGUGCGUUUAUAUACUUAUAUGUAUGCGUCAGAAUGGUUUUUCGAAUAUGGUGUUGGUUUGGCAAAGCCGAAAAUUAUUAACUUCGAGACUCUUUAUGAUUUCGUAUAUAAUAUUAUCAAAUAUGACAAUAACAUUAUUAUUAUGAUCGUCACGACUAUGUUGAUACGUAUAAUGGGAAACAUGUUCUGAAUGAGAUGUAUGAAAUUUUCGAGGCRGCGGCGUACCAAUAGUGGCGUGUACAAUCAAAAGCUGCGUACACUACACCGUUAUUUUGCAUUCGCUACUMUACAUAAUAUAAUAUUUUUCAUUUAAAUUAAACCGGGCUUUCGCGUUCAAUUCUACGCUGCGAUGUUCACCAAAUUCCAGGAUUUUCAAAUUUUUAACGUAACGUUACGGUCCGUCAGUAUGUGUACGAAAUUAAUGUAUCCCUUGGGUAACAAACGAGCGUGAUUCGUUUUACCGUGUGUUGCAUUGGAAUUAUUUACAGCUUUGGAAAGAAAAUAUAAAAACACAGUUAACAAGCUUUAAUGGAAUAUAUGAUAUUUAUUCAUUCUAUACGACUUACGUUACGUUAUUGUUUCAAGAUACCAAUUUCUUAAAUAAAAUAAGUUUUACGGUUCGUAUAUUAUAUGUUGUUUUGCACUUUUCAWCAUUUUUCUAUUUGCAUAUCGAUAAUGUUGAUAUUAUUAAUAACCAAAAAUUACUAAAUUGGGGAAAAAUUACGAAUUAUGUGAUUUCCAGAAAAUUUAGAAUCUAGAAAAAUUUGUCAAUACGUAAAAAUUAUAUUUAAUGGUUUAAACAUUGAAGAAUACAAAAACACGCUAAAMAAAUAAACAACAUUACGUUUUUCUACAUUCUAAUUCUCUGGUAUAUGUAUACAUAAUAUUAUUUCUAUAUUUUAAUUUUAUUAUCUAUUUAGUCAUUAGUCAUUAUACUUUUAGUUGGAGUCUAUGUAUUUGUAA